CGAGAAAGAUGUAGACCCUGCAAAGGUUAUGUAUGGUGUAUUGAUUGAAACUACAAUAAUAUCAAAGCAACAAUUGAGUCACAAGGAAUGGCAUCAUCAGACAAGGAAUUCCAAAGACUGAUACAUCUUAUGCUGAAGAAUCUGUGUUGGCAUUCAACUGAUGUGUGGGGCAUGGCCACCUUAAAUCUAUGGCCUUUCGUGUGGUUUAGUGGAGAGAGAAAGAAGAGAUUCUGUGGUACAAUAGAGAACUAGUUGUGGAAAAUUCUUUAGCAGGGCUUUAGCAGGGCUGAGCCCUGGGGCACUCCACUGAGAACAGCCCUGGAGGAGCUACACACAGAGGAGACAUACAGAGACUUGCAUGUCAGUCUGUUAGAAAUUCUGGAUUAAUCAGGAUAUCACAUCCGUGUUACAUACAAGCAUGAAACUCACAUGUCAUGGAGAAAGGUUCGGUGUUCUUGCUGUAAAUGUAAAAAAGUUGGGGGAGGGCACAUGUCUAGUAUGGCUGUAGUACCACUCAAGAGUGUGGAGAAAUUUGAUAUUUUCUAAGUCCAGCAAGCUCAGCACCAGUCAAGAGUAAACAAUGAAAUGGUUUUCUUUUGUUUAUAACUGGAAUUUGUGGGUAGUGGCAUAUUAGGAUUUCACAGUAUCUAUACAGCUGAUCUCUCCAAUCACACACUGCCACUCUUGAGGCCAUUACUGAGGCCACCAAUUGUGAUUUUCUAUGAUUCCUCUGUACAGAGCACAAACAGCACAGUUCAUAAAAUGGGCAAAGUACGAAGAUUAAGACAAAAAUAUCAUGCAAGCUUAACCAAGAAAAAGGUUGAAAAUGCAGCAAAGGACCAAAACAUAACAAAUAAUGUCCUUCACCAGGUACCACAGAUUCAGAGUGGAGCAACUUGUGAUCCAGUGAACAGAGACAAUAUAUUUGCUGGCUUGCAGAUCAAACUACAAAAACUGGAAGAUGUACCUGCACCAAGUCAUGUGGAAAGUGACAACGUGAGUGUUACUUCAGUGAGUCAGCAAAGCUGGUCAGGGACCAAGGCUGAUAAGAGGAAAAAGAGACAUCAAGAACUUUUGGAAAAAAUUGAUGUUGUCCGAGCUGGACAGAUAGCAGAAAAGAAUCGCAAGAAACGUGAGAAGACUGUCAUAACUGGGGACAUGCAUCCAUUACUUAAUGCACUACCUUCACUUGGGGAACUUAUGGCAUCAAAAAGUAAAAACAAGAGGUGUGACCUAAAAACACUUCAUGGAACCCCAAAGCAGAAAACAGCAAAAAAAGAAACCUUGGCAGACAUCCAGAUGUUCACCUCUAUCCACGAAGACCCUCAUUUCAUCAAGGAUCCAUUUAGGGCAGUGGCACUCGCACUUGAGAACAGAGUUUUGUAUGAAGAGGAUUAAGCUAUUGCCCUGUGAUUUGUAUUUUUCAGACAUGUAAUAAAAUCUAUAAUAUUAA